GGGUUUCUCUACCCGAAAUAGGCGGGCCCGGGUUUCAGGUUUGCAGCUGGAAGCUGAGCCAGUGGCUCUAAGUGAGUGGAGGUGCAGAAGCUACGGCUGCUGCAGCUGCCGCAGCAGCGGUGACCACAGAUACUCUCCCAGCCCCCAAGCAAAUAAAUGCAAACUCGUUUCCGCUGUGUGGUAGAGAACAACUAGAGUCCUAGCUGGCUGCUUCGGCCUCGGCAGCCAUCCCAAGCAGGCAAAAGGCUCUCAGGUGAAAUCACUGCAUGAAUCUCCUUCCACCGUUCAUACGAGUUUCCUUAAAGAUUCUCGGAUUACUCUUUUUCCUAUCCUAGACGUAUUUUUCAGGAGCUGCACUAGGUGGGUAAAGCAGGUGAGCCCGAAAGGGUAGUGGCGGAUCUUUUCCUGGGAAAAGCCGGGGCGCCUGCGAUCUUGCUCCUGUUGCUGGAAUAGCGAUGGAAAGAGGACCUGUCUUGCGUCUGGACUUUCUCCUGCUCAUCCUUUUGGUCCUUUCUCCCGGUGCGAGAGGCGACGAUUUGCAAACCUGCGAAGAAGUUCGGAAACUUUUCCAGUUGCGGCAUCUGGGACUUGUCAAAGGGCUGCCGGAAACCCCUCGGGCAGGUCCUGAUCUUCAGGUUUGCACAUCCAAAAAUCCUACUUGCUGUACUAAAAAGAUGGAAGAGAGAUAUCAAAUGGCAGCCCGGCAGGAUAUACAGCAAGUCCUUCAGACCUCAAGUUCUACAUUAAAAUUCCUAAUUUCUCGCAAUGCAGCUGCUUUUCAAGAGACCUUUGAAACUCUCAUCAAGCAAGCAGAGAAUUAUACCAGCACUUUAUUCUGCAACACUUAUAGGAACAUGGCUUUAGAGGCUGCUGCCUCAGUUCAGGAGCUUUUCACAGAUGUAGGGCUCUUUGUGUUUGGCACCGACAUCAGUCCAGAUGAAUUUGUUAACAGAUUCUUUGAUACGCUGUUUCCUCUAGUCUACAAUCAUCUCAUUAACCCAGGUGUGACUGAUAUUUCCUUGGAAUACUCAGAAUGCAUUCGAAUGGCAAGGCGAGAUAUUAACCCCUUUGGAAAUGUUCCCAGAAUUGUAAUGGGACAGAUGGGGAGAUCAUUGUUACCCAGCCGAACUUUUCUGCAGGCUCUUAAUUUAGGCAUUGAAGUCAUCAAUACCACUGAUCAUCUGCAGUUUUCAAAAGAGUGCAGCAAAGCACUCCUGAAGAUGCAAUACUGUCCCCAUUGUCAGGCUCUGACUUUAAGUAAGCCAUGUAUGGGGUACUGCCUUAAUGUUGUAAGAGGCUGUUUGGCUAAUGUGGCAGAGAUUGACCCCCACUGGCGGGGAUAUAUUCGAUCACUGGAAGAACUUUCUGAUACUAUACAUGGGACAUAUGACAUUGAGCAUGUGCUUCUGAACUUCCACUUGCUUGUUAAUGAUGCUGUUAUGCAGGCUCACAUCAAUGGAAAAAAAUUAUCUGAGCAGGUGAACAAGAUCUGUGGUCCCCCUGUCAGAACACCUACACAAACCCCUGGUUGUUCUCUUGAUCAGAGCAAAGAUAAGCAAGGAAUGAAGAUCUCUUCAAGAGAUGGUGAAGAAUCCCUUGCCAGCAGAAGAAAAGAAUUUAUCAACAGCCUGCGUCUAUACAAGACUUUUUAUGGUGGCCUGGCUGAUCAACUUUGUGUUAAUGAAUUAGCUGCUGCUGAUGGACUGCCCUGUUGGAAUGGAGGAGAUGUAGUCAAAAGUUAUACUCAUCGUGUGGUUGGAAAUGGAAUAAAAGCCCAAUCUGGAAACCCAGAGAUGAAAGUUAAAGGGACGGAUCCUGUCAUAAACCAAAUUAUUGAUAAACUGAAGCAUGUUAUUCAGUUACUCCGGGGCAGAUCUACUCCAAAACCUGAGAGAUGGGAUCUACUCCAAGUGGGCAGUGGAGCACGCAUAGAUGAUCAAGUCAGUGGAGACUGUGAUGAUGAAGAUGGUUGUGGAGGAUCAGGAAGUGGAGAAGUAAAACGUGUUCUGAAAAUCACAAACUGGAUGCCAGAUGAAAUGAACCUCAGUGACGUCAAGCAAAUCCAUCAAACAGAUGGUGGAAGCACUUUAGACUCAAGUGGAGCAGGCCGCUCAGCAAUGACUGUUCAUAUGACAUUUACUCUGAUUAGUGUGGCAACAUUCAUAUUCAGUCUUUGGUAACAGAAUAAUUCUGGCUCAAUUCAUGUGUCUUGCUGCUAUCGUCAUUCCCCUCCCUCCCUUCAUAAGCCCAGAAUAAUAAAUCUGUUGAAUGUAGAAAUUAUAUGUAUGGUAGUAGUUAUCUUAUUAACCUCUUAGAUACCAUAUUUGAAUAUUCAAAAAGUAUCUGAUUAUUGCCUUGCUUUAAAAUAGGAAGGUUAUCUUUAAAUUUUAAAAAAAUCAUUUUUUUUUGGUUUGGGGAAUAGACAACAUGAAAAAUAUAGCACAUCCCUCCUGCAAAUGUAAACAGCAUGAAACUGUUUUAAACUAAAAUAAUAUGUUGUAUAUUUUAAAAUAUAUAUUUUAAGAUUCUUGUUUUCUGAAGGAAAGCCCUAGUAAAUUUGAAUUAUAAAGUUUGUAAAACAAUGGAACAUUUCAUAUCAACCACUAAAAUAAUAAAAAUUCAAAUCCCACUAUGUUAUGCACAUAUUUCCAAUUAUUCUGCUAACAAUCACACUGGCUACUUUAUGUUUCUUGUAAGUCAUAUAAGGAAGGGUAAACCUGGGCUGAAAAAUGACAUUUCAUAUUGUUACAUGAUGAAAUUUAGUUGAUUUUUAUCCAUUCCAAUUUAGCUAUUAAUAGUUCUUAUAAAUGGUUGUUAUGGUUGUGACUGACUCAUAUUCCAUUACACCAUAAGUUUGUCUUGAGUAUCCUUGUACAUUCAUCUUUCCCUUGCUUGCCUAAUAGAUUUAGGUAUUCUAUAUACCAUAUACAGACUACACCUUAGGAGUAUAUCUACUCAACUGAUUGACUUUUAUGUGGAAAAAUACUUUAAGGAAUAUCAGUCAUUUUUUUGGCCAAAUAAUACAUAAGUCAUUCAUACUUCAAAAAGUAACCCAGAAUAUUGUUAGAUUUUUUAAGCCCUAAACUUCCGAUAAAGUUGAGCAUCAAUGAAUUUCUAAGAUGACUCUGAUUAGCCAAAGAAAACAUAAUUAUUAACAGUAUAAAAAACUUGGACAUUAAAUUUAUACCUUUUCUUUUCCCAGUAUAUUAGGAAAGUUGCUGAUCUGCAGUCCCUGAUUUCCCAGUUCCCAGUCCCAGUAUGCUGAUGUCUCAGCAUACAAUGAUUAGGUUAAGUUUAUGACACUAUAUAAAGAGGAAGAGAUAAGUCAGAUUUUAUUAAGGAAUAUCGCAUUCAGUCAAUGGCCAAUGAUUAUAAUUAAUGUGAAUUGUCGUCCUAAUAAAGAGAAGUGCUGAGCCUCUUUUUAUAAUGACUUGAAAGGACAUGGAACGACCUCUGAUGAAACAGCUAAAGAGGACUCAGUCAACAGCAAAAAGCACUAAAGUAAAAGUUGUUUCCAACAUAGGGAACAGUCUAUCAAUAAAGCAUGUUCUUUCCAAAAUCUAUACUAAAUUAGAAUCACACACACGUGCCCAUGCACACACACACACACACACACACAUUAUUCUUGCUGAAAAUAUUUUUGGAUCAUCUCUUUUGAGUUUGCCUUCAGAUUCUAGGAUACAUUCUCUGGCAAAGCCCUCCUAUAGAAGGACAACCAAUUCUACUUUGGGGUGAAAAGAUCAGACUCCCUAUAUACUCAUGGAUUUAAUAGAUCAGACUGUUACCUCUCUUGUAAGUUAAAUGUUGGAAGAAACAGAAAGAGGAUGAUAUUGAUAAGUUAAAUUAAGUGGAAUUGAUAAAGGCAAUAAGAGAUAGAACUGCUUGUAGAUUAGGGACUCCUAACACCUAUAGUAGGAAGUAAUAAAUAGAUCAGGUUCUGGGAAAAAAUUUUAAGAAGAGUUUAAGACUACUAGAAAUACCAGGAAAUUACCAGAUAAUAUUCUUAUGACCCUCUCUGGAUAAAGAAGGAGGCAAUAACAUUUCACAAAGCUUUCUUUUAUUUUUCUCCUUAAAAUUUCAAUAUUGAUUAAGAAUAUAUCAGUCAACUGAAUUCAGUUGAUAUAAGUAACUGUGUAUGUACAUAUAUGUAAGCAUAUAUAGAGUAGUUCUUUGGAAUAAUAUAAAUUACAUUAAUUGUCAGUUGGCAUCUUUGGCUUUGUGAGGACAUAGACACAAUUCUAUUCAUUUUGUCAAAAUGGCUUCGCAUUAUUUGCACAAGGAUUGCUCUGUUCAUUUUUUAAAAUAUCCUUUUAUACAUCCAGUUUCCCCCAACAAAUGCUAAUCUCUAUAUAGUAGCUUUAUAGCAAUGAAUAAGACGAGAAUAUCUUUAAAGAGCAAAAAUCUUUCAGAUGUUCCAACAAUGGGCCUUUAUCAAAUAGAAUUCACUAUAAUUAUAUAUAUAUGUAUAUAUACAUAUAUAUAUAUAUGCAAAACAUAAUAGUAGACAGUUUCUUAGAGAUGAUAAUAGUAAGAAUUUGCUGUAUUUACCCCCAACCAAUGGCCAAUGACAUAUAUCCUGAGUUAAAAAUCUAAACUCCUAAAUAAAUAAUUCAUAAAUAUGUGAAGUUAAAAUGUUAAUUUGUCUAUGGGAAUGUGUUUCAUAUGCCAAUAUCAUCAACCCAGCGUAUUCUCAACCAUAUCAGAAACCAAUUGACAGGAUGGUUUUUAAAUUUUAAACAGACAAAAAUGAAAUUUAUGUUUCCAUCUUAUGCAAGAACUUUCAUCUUCACCCUUCAAGAUAACAUUUCAAUUCUCUAAGCAAUAGCUUUGCUGCAGGCAAUAUGAAAAUUUUCAAACAUAUAUCUGUCCUUUUAAAAAUACAACUAUAAAAAAACAAAAAAAUGCAAAUAAAGAAAACUAAUAAUCUAUAUUACUCAUGACAAUGAGACAGUUUCUCUUGUGUCUAUUUCCCUUAGAGGAAUAAAAAAUUCUAUGAGGAUUGUCAACAGAUCCCAAAAAGAAAUUGGCAAGCAAAGAAUAUUAUGUGUGGAUCUGGACAUAAAAAUCACCUAAGAGACAUUUCAUGGCCUAUUCUUUUCACAGAAGGCAAUCUAGUUGAGAAAAGAUCAUUAGUGUUGUUCUUUACUCUCCCAAAAGGAAAAUAUAUACAUAUAUAUAUAUAUAUAGCUAUUCAAAACAAAAUGCUCAA